CAUCUUGAAAUUACUAAUAUUCUCUCUAUAUAAAUUCUAACACGCUUCUAUCUUGUGUAAAUCUCAAAGUCUCAGCAUUCUCACUUGCAUGUGUGAUGUGUGUAAUUUCAUCUCUUCAUAUUUUCGUGACCUCCCUAGUUUAAGUGCAACAUGCCAUGCAAAUGAACCAGUUUUAAUUGCCUUUCUUUUUUCCCCUUCUUGGCAAAUUUUUCGAAUUUGGUGUUCAUCUUACAUUUAGAAAUUUCAAUUAAUCACAAAUUAGUACCCAAAUCAUAUAAAAAAACCUUUCUACGUCCAACUAUAUACCCUUACAUAUUUUAAAUUUCCACAAAUUUAAACUCCUUAAUCCAGUUUUUUUCCUUCAAUAAUCAUGGUUUCUGCGGGUGUAAUUCGUUUUGUAGCUGGGAUUAUCGGUAAUAUGACAGCUUUUUUCUUAUUCUUGUCUCCAGUGCCAACAUUUAUCGGAAUAUGCAAGAAGAAGACGGUGGAACAAUACUCGCCAGUGCCAUACUUGGCCACAUUUGUGAAUUGCAUGCUUUGGGUUGUGUAUGGUCUGCCUAUUAUUCACCCUAAUAGCAUUUUAGUGGUGACAAUCAAUGGAGCUGGGUUUUUUAUUGAACUGCUUUAUUUGAUACUCUUCGUGCUUUACUCUGACAAAAAGAAUAGGCUCAAAAUUGUGUUGAUUGCAAUUAUUGAGAUCGUAAUUGUGGGAAUUAUGACUACCUUGGUCCUCAAUUUUGUUCAUACUACCAAGCGUAGGUCUUCAAUUGUUGGUAUGAUUGCCAUCAUAUGUAACAUCAUGAUGUAUGCCUCUCCUUUAUCCGUCUUGAAAUUGGUGAUAACAACAAAAAGCGUGGAAUACAUGCCGUUAUCUUUAUCAAUUGCUUCAUUUGCUAAUGGCAUUGCAUGGACAGUCUAUGCUUUGUAUCCUUUCGAUCCUUACAUCGCCGCACCAAAUGGGCUGGGUACACUAUUUGCAGUGGUCCAACUGAUUCUGUAUGCAACAUACUACAAGUCCACAAAAGAGCAGAUGGCAGCAAGAAAAGCCAAAAAUGCAGUGGGCCUAACUGAAGUUGUCUUCAAUGGAGACUCUGGAAAAAUGGGCCAAAUACCACAAAAUGGUAGGGCCCAAAUCCCUUGAAGCCCAAUGUCACCAAGCUCACCCGGCUGAUCAAAUUCCUUUUUUCCUUUUUUGCUUCUCAUGAAUUGUCCUUACAAUUAUCAACCAAUAAAACAUGGAGUCAUUUAUGGAUAUUUUUUUUGUUGGAUAGAAUUAUUAACUGGAAUAAUGUUAUUUUGUUAUCAAUAAUCUCGAUUAGUUUUAGCUUAAUGACAAGAUAUUGAGUAGUCUUUAGAUUGAA